AUGGAUGCACUAAGCGGUGAUAAAUCAAAUGCGGAACAUGAUCUAUAUGUACCACUAACCGAUUCAUUUUGGGAGAUUGGUAAAUACAGUCGAGCAGUAAAACGCUGUGAUGACGGCAAUAAAUUAACAACUGAUCUCAUUAGUAUGAUAGGUGAACGAGCUGAACUUGAAAAAACAUUUUCAAAAAUGCUUAAAAGUUGGUCAAAAAAAUGGUCUGAUUAUGUAGCAAAAUCAUCGGAAUUCGGUUCAAUGACAUCAGCUUGGAAAGCAGUUAUGUCUGAAGCUGAUGCAACAGCUGAAGUGCAUCAAGCAGUUCAUGAUGAUUUACAAAAUGAUGUUAUACCAUCGAUAAAAACAUGGCAAAAAGGAAAAUAUAUUAAAUCAAUGAUGCAUGUCAAAUCAACAAAAGAAUUCGACGAAGAUUUUAAAAGAGCACAAAAACCGUGGGCUAAAUUGUAUACUAAAGUUGAUAAAUAUAAACGUGAAUAUCAUGUAGCAACCAAAGGUCUUAAAACAGCUGAAACGCAAGAGAAUAAUGCUAAAUUGGAUGGUUCGAUUCCACAAGAACAACGUUCAAAAGCCGUUGAGAGAGUUGAACGAUGUCGUAAAGAUAAAGAUUCUGCUAAAAUAAAAUAUUCUGAAGCACUUCAAGAUCUCAAUCGAGCUAAUCCAAAAUAUAUGGAUGAUAUGAACGAUGUUUUUAUCCGGUGUCAAGCAUUUGAAAAAGAUCGUCUUGUUAAAUUUCAAGAAUUUCUAAGUCAUACUGAAAAAUGUCUAGAUAUUACUAGUCGAUUAAGAUCACCAAUAUUUCAGCAAUUUUCUCAUACAAUCGAAAAUUGUGACCCAGAUAAAGAUUUAACAUGGUGGUCGGAUACAUAUGGUGCGACAAUGAAAAUGAAUUGGCCAGUAUUUGAGGAGUCAACAAAGUUAGAUCAUUACCAUCAUCAUCAUCAUCAUCAACAACAACAACAACAACAAUUACAACAUAAUUACUUUUCUUAUUCUGGUGAUUUAUCGUUGGGUUAUGAAACAUACUAUCGACGACCACUAGUGGAGAUCGUUAGUGAAACGAAUGCUGCUGUUGUAGUUGGCGAUUCAUAUGCAACUCUUCGUCGAUCGAUGCGACGAACUGCUGCUGUUGUUACACGCAUGCGCCGAGGCCUUGUCAAGCGUGAAGAAUAUUCAGAAUCACAUCGUACACUUGGUCGCCGUGGUAAAGGUGAAAUGGAACGAGAAAAUCCAGUUGUUGUCACUGCUAUUCGUUCGAAUAGUAAUGGACCACCAAGUUAUCCUUCAUCUACUGAUAAUCGUUUAUCAACUUUUCCUGUAAAUCAAUCACCAGUUCAAAACGCACGUUCAACUGUUUAUCCGACGUUGGAUACGAGUACUGCAAGCAAUGCGAACCCUUUCGAUGAAGAUGACGAAGAUAAUGAUGCACCACUAAAAGAAAAAUCGACGAAUAAUGGCUCAAAUAAUAGUGGUUAUCCAUCGUUACCACCAUAUUCAACACAUGAUGUUCAUUCACCACCUUAUCCAGCAGCGGCUAAUCCAUUUGUAGAUGAUGACGAUAAUGUUGAUUCAUCGUCAUCAUCACAUCAUCGUUCUUUUCAAUCGCCAGCAUCAGCAGGUGGUUCAUCACUUGAUAAUAGUGCCGGUGUACCUGUACGAGCUCUUUACGAUUAUGAAGCACAAGAACAAGAUGAAUUAACAUUUAAACAAGGUGAUGUAUUUACUAAAUUGGAAGACGAGGAUGAUCAAGGAUGGUGUAGAGGACGCGUUGGAAAUCGUACUGGUCUUUAUCCAGCUACUUAUGUUGAAAUCCUCUAA